AUGUCGGAGCCGAGCCGGGCGGCGCUGCUGGCCUACCUGGGCGAGCGCGGGGGCCGGGCCCGGCGGGCCGAGCUGCUCGCCCACUUCCGAGCCGCGCUGCAGCCCGCCCAGCCCCACGCCCGGGACCGCUUCAAGCGGCUCGUCAACGCCGUGGCCGUCGUCCGGACCGACGCCGCCGGGGACAAGUACGUCUGUCUGAGGAAGAAGUUCCUCGACGACGACGAGGAAGAGGAGCCGCCCCCCUCAGGCCCGGCAGGCGAGGACGGCGCUUCUUUGGCUUCCUUCUCGGCCGAAGAGGAUGCCGGGAGCGGCGGCCCCACUUUGGCCUCCUCCUCUGCCGAAGAGGAUGCCGGGAGCGUCGGCCCCACUUUGGCCUCUUCUUCUGCCGAAGAGGAUGCCGGGAGCGGCGGCCCCACUUUGGCCUCUUCUUCUGCCGAAGAGGAUGCCGGGAGAGUCGGCCCCACUUUGGCCUCCUCUUCUGCCGAAGAGGAUGCCGGGAGAGUCGGCCCCACUUUGGCCUCCUCUUCUGCCGAAGAGGAUGCCGGGAGCGUCGGCCCCACUUUGGCCUCCUCCUUUGCCGAAGAGGAUGCCGGGAGCGUCGGCCCCACUUUGGCCUCUUCUUCUGCCGAAGAGGAUGCCGGGAGCGUCGGCCCCACCUUGGCCUCUUCUUCUGCCGAAGAGGAUGCCGGGAGCGUCGGCCCCACUUUGGCCUCCUCUUCUGCCGAAGAGGAUGCCGGGAGCGGCGGGGGCGGCGGCCCGUCCGCCCUGGACCCGCUGGAGCACGCCUGGAUGCUGAGCGCCUCGGACGGGCGCUGGUCCGGCCUGGAGGGCCUGCUGGCCUGCGAGCCGGCCCUGCUGGCCAAGAGGGACUUCGUCACCGGCUUCACCUGCCUCCACUGGGCCGCCAAGCACGGCCGCCACGAGCUGCUGGCCGCCCUGGCCCACUUCGCCGCCCGCCGGGGGCUGCCCGUCCAUGUCAACGCCAGGACCAGCGCCGCCGGCUACACCGCCCUGCACCUGGCCGCCAUGCACGGUCACCUGGAGGUGAUGAAGCUCCUGGUCGGGGCCCUCGACGCCGACGUCGACGUCAGGGACUACAGCGGCAGGAAGGCCUCGCACUACCUCCACCGGGGCACGGCCCAGGGGAUCAAGAACCUGGUGGGCGCCCUGGACAACGGCGACGACGACGACGACGAGGCGGCGGGCGUCGAGCCCCGGCGGUGGAGGCUCUCCAGGAUCCUCAUCCCCCACAGACAGGCCCACCCGUCCGAGGACGGCGGCAACCACCACCACCAUCACCACCACCACCAGCCGGCCGACAGCAGGCCCAAAGAGCCCGGCCACAAGGCCGGCGGCGGCGGCAGGAUGAAGCCCAGGCUGAAGAAACUCCGCUUCCGCACUCAGAUCGUCCACCCCGGGCCCUCCUUCAGAGACGAAGAGGAGGAGGAGGAGGAAGGCGGGGAGGAGGAGGAGGCGGGGGGCGACGGGACCCUCAAGGGCGGCCCUUCCGCUGCCAAGUCGAGGCCCAAGUCCAGCGUGUUUGGGUAAAGGUCGGCAGGGUUGACCGGAUCCCAAGCUCCGGGGCAGCACCGGGCAGCGGGGAAGGAUCGAGGACAAUGAGCCGUCCGC